AUGGCGUCUAGUUCCAGUAGCGGGUAUUCCACGGGAGGAGAUGGUAGUUCAGGUACGGCUGCAUCCCCUCUCGAUUCGGAACCUUCUUCCGGCGCCGGUGUGGCACUCCCAGGUGGCGCCGCCACGCCGUCUAGCUCCAGUAGUUCAGGUUUGGAUCGAUCUCGGCUGCUUUUGGAUCCAGUUAUAUUGUUUAAGGGCGGUAGUAACUCCACCAAGAGAUCGGUCGAAGCUCAGCUAGAGGAACAGGUCAGUGCCAAGAGGCAGAAUGUCAGCAUGGGGAUGGCCACCCUCGACUGCCCCGUCUGCUUUAAGGCCCUCAGGCCACCCAUAUUCUUGUGUUCUGUGGGCCAUUUCAUAUGCUCGUCAUGCCGUGGCAAGCAACUGGGCAACAAGUGCCAAUCAUGCUCUAUCAAAACUUCCUUCCAGCGUUGCUUUGGGAUGGAACAUGUUGUCCAGUCAGUUAUAGUUCCGUGCUCCAAUGCCAAGUAUGGAUGCGCCGAGAAGGUCACCUACUACCAGAAAGAACAACAUGAGAAGGUGUGCCCAAAUGCCCCAUGCCUCUGUCCAGCUCCCAGCUGCCGCUUCUCCGGGCCAGCAGCACUACUACUGGACCAUUUGACUACCCAGCACAAGUGUCUGUCUACAACCGUCACAUAUUCUGACAUGGUGUCUCUCCGCUUACUACCGGGCUUACAUGUUCUGCGAUGCAGCGGGGCCACCUGCUUCUUCCUGGUCAGCAUGGCAUCGAAGGCAUUUGGACAUGCUAUAUCGGUCGUCUGCGUCCAACCUAACGUUAUGGAACCCAAGUUCACGUGUCAUAUGAGUUACACCUGCUCCAUGACUGGCUAUUGUGAAAAUUCAUAUUGUGUGAUAAAAAGGUCUUCACCGUCUGAUGGGCCACCGACGGGCUACGACUUUAUUCUGCCCAGGGGCAAGGUUUCUGAUGAUAGGAAUGGUAUCAUGCUCAGAAUCGCCAUUCACCAACAUUUUAGUAUGAGCAGAUCGCAUCUUCGAGAAAAAGAUACAAGUUUCGGUCUUACCACGGCUUUUGGUUAUCCAGAUGAUGAUGGUGUGGACGACAACAACAAUGGCGAACAACCUACAUGUUUCGAUGGCACUUGUUCAUGAGUGCUGAUCGUUUAGAGAGGACAUAUCAUCAUUUUGGCGGGUCUGACUGAUCUGGUUCCAGGACAUAUGUAUGUUGAUAGUCCUGAUGAUCCCCAACUCCAUGCAUUGCGGCUGUUUCAGCAAAGUAGCUUCUUUUUGUGUUCUGGUGCUUGAAACUCAUGCCGCAAUGUGUAAGGCUCUAUAUCAUCUAAUUCUAAACAGUAUGUUGAUGUUAGUACA